AUGAUACACUGGCGCGUUCUUGCAGCUGUCGGGGCGAUGAACUGGGGUGGUUACUUUAGUAUGACCCCUCCAGGGCCGCUGCGAACGCAUACUAAUACUCAAUGCCCAAGUCUACGACAUCCCGGCAUCGCUUUCGACCCCUUUAUCAAAGCAUCUAUCGCUCUCGGACCACCAGUUCGCCUACCUGAUCUCACUGCUCUACACCGUCUACGCCGUUCCCAAUACCGUUCUUCCCUUCCUCUCAGGACCGGCGGUGCAACGGUUCGGGGAAAGAACAGUGCUUGUAGUCAUCACGUCCAGCAUAAUACUCGGACAAUUGCUAUUCGCACUUGCUGUCCAGACCAAAUUCGAGUUUGGGAUGGUCUGAUUACCCUCGUUUCUAGAAGCGCACCGGGCAACGCUAAUAGCUUUCGCGCCGAUCAUAGAGAUAAAAGCCUCUCUUUGGCGCUAGCGCUCAAUCUAGGAGCGGGAAGACUAGGCAGUGUUGCGAACUCGAUCAUUAUUCCCCGGGUGGUCGAGCCGUACGGCGUCGCACCGGCUACCUGGAUCGCAACAGCGCUGUCUCUUGGUGUCGCUAUUGCAGGUGCUCUGUACCUUCUGACCAUCACCAAACCUGAAGUCGAUGGAGCGCGGAAUGAAGAUGAUGACUGCACGAAUUCCGCUCCGCUGUCAUUCCGUCAAUUCUCGCCCGUGUACUGGCAGCUAGCCCUAAUCUGCCUUUUGAGCUACGGCUGCCUCAACACAUUCACCAACUCCGCACAGCGCUUUUUAGCCGUGCGUUACUACCACGGGGACCAGCGCUCUGCUGGCUCAGCGAUGAGCAUCGUAUUCAUCCUCUCCGGUAUCCUCGUACCGGUAUUCGGGUUCCUGCUCGACAGCCUCUCAUCUAAAAACUACCCUCUCGUCUUAAUAACCAGCAACAUCCUCCUGAUGCUUGUACAUGCGAUCUUCAUAACCGGUGCGGGCACCAAUCCAAUCCUCCCGCUAUGUCUCCUCGGUAACGCCGACGCACUCUUCAGCGUCUGCUUUUGGGCCAGCGUCGUGCGAUGCCUCCUUCCUCCCAGGACGGAUCUGCACGCCUACACACCUCCUUUGAAAGCUGAGGACAGCCCCAGUGAACACGAAUACGAGCCUAUCCUGUCCAGACCUGCCACAGACGCUCCCGACUCGGAGGAAGAUGGAGGGGGAUUAGGGGCAGAGACCCUCGGCAUCCCCUCGAGUGAUGCAUCUCGCACACUAGGCUUGGGCAUCAUGUCUAGCCUGCUGAAUACCAGCACGGCAGUUGUGCCUAUCCCUCUGGCUGUGAUGGAGAAUCUGGCGGGCUUGGCGGGGUUAGAGACUGUGUUUUUGACGCUGGCCUUCGCGGGGUUUUUGGCGGCCGUGAGGUUGGCGUGGAUAUGA